AACUACACUCACUUUUUCCAAUGCAAAGAUAUAUUCUGUUCCUCAGCACCAUCCCCCCGGAGCAGCAGGUGGAGGCCGACGAGCUGGCAGCGUCGCUCUCUGAGCUGCAGACCACCACCACGCACAAGUUCCAGGAAUCGAACGUGGCAAAUGAAGUCAUCGCGGAGUUGAAAAGCAAGAAUGCAGAGAAGACUCAGAAACUGACCCAGGUGAAGGUGGACGUCAGCAACCUGAAGGAAGACGUCAGUAAACUCAGGUCUCAGAUCGUGCAGUCUCCGGAGGAGCUGAAGAGUCAGAUGGAGAGGAUGAGGGAGAACGUGAAGACCAUCAAGUGCACCAUCGAGGACACGGACGGGCGGGUGGUGGAGCUGCAGAGCAUGAUGCAGAGCGUGACUCACACGGAGGCUAAGCUCCAGCAGAUGUUCAACCUGCUGCAGGACCUGGAGAGCAGCAUGACCAACAGCAAGCAGCGGGAGCAGGAGCACCAGGCGCUGAUAGCUCAAUACGAGAAGAAGCUGAAGGAGUUGAAGAACCUGUGCAGCGAGGAGGGUCAGCUGAAGAGAACUCUGGGCAUGAAGCUGGACAAAGAGUCCAAACUGAACAUCCGGAGGCAGAAGAAGAAGGAGAUGAAGGAGCACCAUGCGCAGGAAGUGCUGGGGGAGUACAACCACAUCCAUCAGAAGCGCGAGGAGAUGGCCGAUAAGAUCCAGGAGAUCUCCAGCGAGACGCAGGAGCUGAAGGCCAAGAUCCGGAGUCUGAGGGACGUGUGCAGCGAAGAGACCAAGAAGGCUCAGGCUCUGUACGACACGCUCUCCACGGCAAUGGACGCAAUGCACCGGAGGAUCGACGUGCAAACGGCCAACCUGAAGCAGGGCCUUGCAAAGAUGUCCGCUAGCUUAAAGAAAUAACUUUAAUAAACUUUAUUCAUUGUUAUACUUCUGGUUCUCUGUUAUACUUCUGGUUCUCUCUGUGUGUGUUUUUUAGUCUUCUAUCCUCGUCACCUUUUCUGUUAAACAUGUGUUAAUAAAUCUAUUGAGUUCA